CGUAAAACCACGUCCUUCCUUUGGUAGCUUCCAUUUACUUCUAGAACAAAAGCUCUCAAAAAUUCUCUGUUAAUUUUCGUAAUUUGAAUCUGUGAAUUUCGAUUUUUGUGAAGCAAUGAGUGAAAAUGGUGAGAAAAUGGAGAUAGAGAAUGAUGAAAAGAAGAAGAAUAAUAAGGUGUUAAUGUGGGGAUAUCUUCCCGGAGUAUUAUCUCAUAAGUCACCCUUAACUUCUCCGGUCGCUGUUACCGGUAUCGACGUUGAAUCCUGGACAGACGUUUGUGGUGGUGGUUGUGGUUUCGCUAUGGCUAUUUCAGCAGGGUCUGGAAAACUUAUUACGUGGGGUUCUGCAGAUGAUCAAGGCCAAAGUUACUUGACUUCAGGAAAACAUGGGGAGACUCCAGAGCCAUUUCCAGUUCCAACUGAGGAUCCAAUCGUGAAAGCUGUAGCUGGUUGGGCACAUUGUGUAUCUGUUACUGAAAAGAAUGAUGUGUACACAUGGGGCUGGAAAGAAUGUGUGCCUUCUUUCAAGGUUGUUGCAAAUUUCGCUGCUGGAGGAAGUGUUGAAGUUAGGAAAGAAAGUUUAGUAAUAACUCAGCAAGAGUGCCCUCAGUCUCAAGGCUCGAAGUCGAGUGGUGGUUCAGUCGCUCACCAAGAUAAUAAAAAACCUGAAGAAACUGCAAAGAGGAGAAGGACAGCGACGGCUAAACAAGAACUUGAAAGCCCACCACCUGCUGACGAAUCUCUUUCUGCACCACCUUGUAUCGUAGAACUGGAUCCAGGGGUGAAGAUAACCUCCGUUGCUGCAGGGGGGCGCCACACAUUAGCAUUGUCAGAUGUGGGACAGGUAUGGGGUUGGGGCUAUGGAGGUGAAGGACAGCUUGGCUUAGGCUCCAGGAUUAAAAUAGUGGCGUCUCCUCAUCUUAUACCUUGUCUGGAUACUUCUUCACAUGGACUGGACCGGAGUCUUGGGAGUCCUCAAGGAAGCAUUACCACAGGGAGUCAGACGCGUAAAGCUUUGGGGAGCUACGUAAAGAGAAUUGCUUGUGGUGGCCGGCAUAGUGCAGUAAUCACAGAUGCUGGGGUGCUGCUUACAUUUGGCUGGGGAUUGUAUGGGCAGUGUGGAUUAGGUAAUACAAAUGACGUGCUGAGGCCAACUUGUGUAUCUUCUCUAUUGAACACUAGAAUAGAAGCCGUGGCAGGUGGAUUAUGGCAUUCUGUGUGCUUAUGUGAUCGUGGCCGUGUCUAUACUUUUGGGGGAAAUCAGUUUGGCCAAUUGGGUCUAGGCACAGGCACAGACCAUGCAGAGACAUCACCUAGGCUUGUGGAUGCCUCAGUACUGGAAAACAAGAAUGCCAAGGUAGUGUCUUGUGGAGCUCGUCAUAACGCCAUAAUGACAGAGGACAGCAAAGUGUAUAGCUGGGGAUGGAACAAGUAUGGUCAACUUGGCCUAGGUGAUACGGUUGACCGUAACGAUCCUUGUGAAGUGCCCAUCGAUGAUUGUACUCCGAAGAAUGUAGCGUGUGGGUGGUGGCACACACUAUUACUUGCUGAAAGUCCAUGAUAUCCCCAUUAUUUGGAGAGAACUUCUAUAGUUAAGUAACCCACUGACACUCAUUUGCACAAGAUCAGGGUGUGCUGUGCACCUGGAUUGAUCUCAGGUCUCAGGUUUACUUUCAGGAUUCUGGAGAUCUUGUUAGAGCUGUAGUAUUUGCUGGACCAAUGUACAGUUUGUUGAUUGUAACUGAUAUUUAAUUCAGCUAUUCUCUUCGAGUUUGAAACUGACGUAUCCAUAGUUUUACAGACUUA